GUUCUUGAAGAUGAUAUUAAUAACACCAUUGGGUGCUAGCUUCAGGUUGCCCCUCAAAUACAUCUCAGGUUUCAAUGGAUGGUAGACAUACAUUGCAGGAGGAGAGUCACUUCGGUUGUGAGAAUAUCACCUAAGGUAGUUUUGUCACACUUACAAAUAUUUCUCCUCUCAGAAUUCAAUGUCUCUGCUAUUACCUUUUGGUUGCUUUUAGAGUGGCAGUUUUGUAACAUUGCCUGGUCGACCUUAAGAAAUACUAAAAAUUCAGGUCCAAGGGUGUACUAUGAUGAUGAUGAUGUCCCUGUGGAGAUUUUGUAUUCAAGUGAGGAAUCUGAGGAGGAUGACUGGGAGAAAGAGGGGAGGAGAAAGAGGUUAAGGAAUGCUAAAGUGAGAGGUUCUGCAGCGAAGAAGCAGCAAAGUGAGAAGGUUAGGAUUAGGAAGGGGAAUAAUUCGGAUGGUUGUAAUGAUUUUGGUGGUGUCUACAGCUCCAGAGGGGCCACAAGUUGCAGAGUCUAGCAGAAGGGGGUUGGGAAUGCAAGGAGGCAAAUGAGGAAUGGAGCAAAGGAUUUGGGGAAGUUGGAUUUAAAUGUGGGGUUCAGUAGUGAGGUGGAAGAGCCAGCCAUAGGGUGGAGGGAAGGGAAUGGGGCUGGAUAUGGAGAGGAGGAUAAUAUUGAAGGAAAUGGGUAUUUUGAGGGUCUUGACGAGUUUUUGAGUAGCUUACCUAUACUUUCUGUUGUUGGAGAGGAUAUGGUUAAACUACUUAGUAAAGUAAGAACCUGGUGAUUGUUUUGUGCUGCUUUCUUGCAGUUUUGGUCGUAACUGUAUGUCUUAGCAUUGAAUCUUGAUUCUGCUGGAUAUUUGCAGCAUUUUUGUUUAGUUAUCAUUAUUAUCAUUUCUUGUGGUGUUUCUUCUUUUUCCUUUGAAAUGAAGGAUAGUGUAGGAGAAGAGAAGGUGCAGUGAAUGAAUAACCAACGCCCAUUCCUGAACUGAUGUUUUAAGUUCUGAGUUCAUUGCCUAGCUAAUGGGUAUAUUGAUGGUUAAAAUUUCAUUUUAGUUCUUCUAUUCUAAUAAAAAAUCUCUUUUUAG